AUGUUCUUUGCCCCACAGCUGGAUCGCGGCAAUAUCUCUCAAGCGCUGAGCGUCAACGUGUUGAAGGAUCUCGGUCUGAGUACGAACCAAUACAACUAUGGCUUGAUGAUCUUCUACCUUUGGUUCCUAUCAGCCGAGCUUCCAUCGCAGAUGGUCUCGAAGAAAUUUGGCCCCGACGUCUGGAAACCCAUCCAUGUGGUCAUCUGGAGUGUUGUCAGUAUCUGCCAGGCUUUCAUAUUUGGCGAGAAGAGCUUCUACACCACUCGAGCGCUGCUCGGUCUCAUCGAAGGCGGCUUUAUAUCCGACGCCAUCCUCUGCCUGCCAUACUUCUAUAGGAGCAAGGAGCUACCUAUGCGCAUGAGUUACUUCUACUGCUCGUCGCACUUUACCUAUAUCGUUGCUGCCUACCUGGAGUAUGGGGUCCUGCAUAUGCGGAACGUCCAAGGAUGGGAAGGUUGGAGGUGGCUCUUUGCUAUCGAAGGUGCCCUCACGGUAUUGGUCGGUGUCGCCUCAUGGUUUUACCUCCCACCGAGUCCCACGCAAACUGCAAAUUGGCAUAGAGGCAGAGAUGGCUGGUUCGACGAACGAGAAGAAAUAAUCAUGGUGAACUGGGUGCUCCGGGAUGAUCCGUCCAAGGUUCUUACAGUCUGUCGUCUGGUAUAA